CCGAGCCGUUGCGUCCUCCAGCCCGAGGCGAGCCGGGGCGCGUGCUCUCGCGCUCUCCCAGCCCGGCCACGGGCUACAGCGGCGCAGAGUCGGCGGCGGCGGCGGCGUCAGGAGGCUGCGGGGCGCGCUCCUCCCCCUUCUGCCUUCCCUCCUGCUCCUCCUCCUGCUGCUCCUCGUCGUCGCCAGCUCGGCCCGAGCUGCGAGCGGCAAGAUGGCGGCGCCCAGGCCGCCGCCCGGCAGGCUGUCCGGUGUCAUGGUGCCCGCGCCCAUCCAGGACCUGGAGGCUCUCCGCGCGCUGACGGCGCUCUUCAAAGAGCAGCGGAAUCGAGAAACAGCACCCAGGACUAUUUUCCAAAGAGUCCUGGAUAUCUUAAAGAAAUCUUCUCAUGCCAUUGAGCUGGCCUGCAGAGACCCAUCCCAAGUGGAACAUCUGGCUUCCAGUCUGCAGUUAAUAACGGAGUGCUUCCGGUGUCUCCGGAAUGCUUGUAUUGAGUGCUCUGUGAACCAAAAUUCAAUCAGGAACUUGGAUACAAUUGGUGUUGCUGUUGAUUUGAUUCUUCUUUUUCGUGAACUUCGAGUGGAACAGGAAUCCCUGUUGACAGCUUUUCGCUGUGGUCUGCAGUUUUUAGGCAAUAUUGCCUCACGGAAUGAAGAUUCCCAGUCUAUUGUUUGGAUGCAUGCUUUCCCAGAACUCUUUUUGUCUUGCUUAAAUCAUCCAGACAAAAAGAUUGUUGCCUACUCAUCAAUGAUUUUGUUCACAUCCCUUAAUUCUGAAAGAAUGAAGGAGCUGGAAGAAAACCUCAAUAUUGCGAUUGAUGUCAUAGAAGCUCACCAGAAGCAGCCUGAAUCGGAAUGGCCGUUCUUGAUUAUUACAGACCAUUUUCUGAAAAGCCCGGAAUUGGUUAAAGUCAUGUAUGCCAAAAUGAGCAAUCAAGAAAGGGUUACGUUGUUAGACCUUAUGAUAGCCAAAAUAAUGGGUGAUGAGCCACUGAGCAAGGAUGAGAUCCCUGUGUUUUUGAGCCAUGCCGAGCUGAUUGCGAGCACUUUUGUGGAUCAGUGCAAGACUGUGCUGAAAUUGACCUCUGAGCAGCAUGCUGAGGAUGAGGAGGCGCUGGCUACAAUUAGGCUUCUUGAUGUCCUUUGUGAAAUGACUGCUAAUACUGACCUGCUCGGCUAUCUACAGGUUUUUCCUGGCUUGCUGGAAAGAGUGAUUGAACUUUUACGAGUGGUUCAUGCAGCUGGCAGCGACACCAUGAACAUCUUCAGCACCUGUGCUCGCAUGAAAGCAGAAGGCGACGUCUCACAUAUGGCUGAGGGCUUCAAGUCUCAUCUCAUUCGUCUGAUUGGAAAUCUGUGUUACAAGAAUAAAGAUAACCAAGACAAGGUGAACGAGCUGGAUGGCAUUGCCCUGAUCCUGGACAGCUGUAGCAUCGAUGACAAAAACCCCUUUCUAACCCAGUGGGUGGUGCUCGCCAUCCGAAACCUCACGGAGGACAAUAGCCAAAACCAAGAUUUGAUUGCAAAGAUGGAGGAGCAGGGCCUGGCAGACGCGUCCCUACUUAAAAAAGUGGGUUUUGAAGUUGAGAAGAGGGGUGACAAGCUGAUUCUGAAGUCUACUAGUGACACACCUCAGCUGUGAAUGAACUCUCCAUCCAAAACUCUGAAUUUUUGGAAUCUGUUUCAUGGAUUUGUCAUCUUCCGCAGUAUGUGAACUUGCGAGUGUUUGAAGAUUUAUUAAGUACAAAUUCAAGAACCUGUGAAUCUUUUAGACAAUAGAGUUAAAUGCGUAUAAGCUUAAAAGUGAAAGUACAUGAGUAUUCUGUGGUUUCUUUGCUUUAAAAAUGUAAUUGUCUGGUUUGCUUUUGUCCCCGUGGAUACAAUGUGCGUUUAAGUGAUAUAUUGUACUUACUGUGGCCGCAGAUAAUAAAUUCCUCUUGUUGAGCGCAUGUCCCUUCCUUG